AUGGCCCGCCCAACUGCCUGCACCGGGCCGGGGUCGGCCAGACCUCAUGGCCUGCCCGCCUGCCCGCACUGGGUCAGCUUGGGCAGACCUCAGCUCAGCAGACUCAUGGGCCCACCCGCCAUGCCUGCACCAUGCCAGCUGGCAGACCUUUUGGCCCACCGCCUGCCCACACCGGACCAACUCGUCAGAACCAUUCUCCGCCCCGCCCGCCACGGGCCCGCCUGCUUGGCAAACCUUCUGGUGCGGGCCUGGCUUGGCACCCUUCCUUCUCGGCCCGCCCGCCUGCCCGCACUGGCCUGCUUAGCAGACCUUCUGGCACGGUACAUGGUUGGCAGACCUUGUGGCCCGCCCGCCUGCCCGCACCAGGCCUGCUUAGCAGACCUUGUGGCCCCAACCCCCCCCACCUGCCUGCACCAGGCCUGCUUGGCAGACCUUCUAGCCCGCCCGCCUGGCCCGCCAACAAGGCCGUUGCUUGGCAGACCUUAUGGGGACACCCGCCUUUUUUUUUUUUGCCCGCAACAAAAGCUUGUUGGCAGGACUUGUGGGCCGCCCACUGACUGCACCAGGCUUUCUUGGCAGACUUGUGGCCGCCCGCCCCUGCCUGCACCGGGCCUGCUUGGCCAAGACCUGUGGCCCGCCCGCCUGCCCGCACCAGGCCUGCUUGGCCGACCCUUGUGGCCCGCCCGCCUGCCCUGCACCGGGGCCUGCUGGCAGACCUUGUGGCCGCCGCCCUGCCCGCAACCGGGCCUGCUUGGCAGACCUUGUGGCCCGCCCGCCUCCCUGCCUGCACGGCCUGCUGGGCUUAGACCUUGUGCCCGCACCUGCCCACCCGCACCGGGCCUCCGCUUGGCAGACCUUGUGGCCCCGCCCGCCUGCCUGCACGGCCCUGCUUGGGCAGGACCUUGUGGCCCGCCCGCUUGCCUGCACCGGGCCUUCUUGGCAGACCUUGUGGCCCGCCCCCCCCCGCCUGGCCUGCACCAGGCCUGCUUGGCAGAUUCUUGUGGCCUGUCCCGCCGACCCGCCCCACCCGGGCCUGCUGCAGACUUUGUGGCCCGCCCGCCUGCCUGCACCGGGCCUGCUUGGCAGACCUUGUGGCCCGCCCGCCUGCCUGCACCGGGCCUGCUUGGCAGACCUUGUGGCCCGCCCGCCUGCCUGCACCAGGCCUGCUAG